AAAUAUCUUCGUCGACUUGAAGAGAACAUCGAACACGUUCGAUUCACAUCCCACACCGCGCCAACACGCCCAUCACCAAUGGCAAGUCCCACAGAUAGUUUGUGCUCGAAAGUACGUCUCACGUUAUCAGCGAGAAAUCUGAAGAAUUGUGAUGUGUUCUCGAAAAGCGAUCCAAUGUGUGUUGUUUUCUUAUCAUCAGGUGCCCUCCGAGAUGACUGUUAUUACGAAUGCGGUCGUACGGAAACGUUGAUGAACUGCUUGAAUCCAGAAUGGAGUAAAACGAUUUGUGUUGAUUAUUUCUUUGAAGAAUUGCAAAAAGUGAAAUUUGAAGUAUAUGAUAUAGAUUCGGUGUCGAAUGAUUUAAAAGAACAUGAUUUUAUCGGUUUCGUUGAAACAACACUCGCUGAAAUUGUUGCAUCGCCAUCUUCAAGAAAAACUUUCGUUCUAAGUGGGAAAGAGGGAAACACUCACAACGGUGACUUAACAGUUGUAGCAGAAGAAGCAGACAGCGAUCGGAAUGAAGCAGUUGUGUUUGCAAUAAGAGCGGUAAAGGUAGACAAAAAGCAAUUUCUCGGUAAAAGUGACCCAUUUCUGCAGAUAUAUCGCAUCAAUGAUGAUGGGACGUGA